GCGCCGGGGUGUAUAUAAGCCGAGUCCUCCACUCUCAGGACGUGCAAUCUUCUUCUUCCACCUUUCUCCUUAACACCCUCCCAGACCCAGUCCCACUCAGUCAACAUGAAGCUGGUCGUCUUCGCCUGCCUGGUCGCCGUCGCCGUCGCUGCCCCACAAAUCCGUGGAGACGCUCCCGAGUAUGCCGAAAUAAUAGCCUAUGAAAAUGAGGAUUCUGGCGACGGAAACUUCAGAUACUCAUUCCAGACGUCGAACGGAAUCAACCAGAAUGCUAGAGGGUACCCAGGCUCACAGGGCCAGAGCAACAUAGAGGGCUCCUUCAGCUUCCCCCUUGACGACGGCAGAACCGCUGACGUUACCUACAUCGCCGACGAGAAUGGCUUCCAACCCCAGUCUGACCUCAUCCCAGUGGCUCCUCCCAACCCAGCCCACGUUGAGGAGCUCCUGCAGAUCGUGGCCCAACUCAAAGCUCAGGGCGCCCAGUGGAACGACCAAGGAGAGAGGAUUAACUAAACAAUUCUGAAGUUGUACGACACACACACCUGGGUUAAUCACGACCCUCCCCUACGACUACCGCUAAGCACCUGUCCUUGGAUGGUCUGUGUAUUAAAGUAACACUUGCCUCUCGGUCACGCUUGGAAACACCCGAGAAUGAGGAAGAUAACAUUCCUCAGCAUGACCUACACAGUAUACUGCAUCACGAGUUCGCCUGACUGAGAGAGAGGUCGCUUGGGUCGGCAGUUCUUCACGGCUCUGGCUGACCACUCCAUACAUCCUUCCCAGACACGUAUCCUGAAAGACCAUCAUUCCAAAGACACAUGUCACUUUAUACAAUCCAACCCGGACAUCAUCCCAAGGGACACGUGCUACGGUCUACCCACAUGGACAUCCAUCCAGGACACAUCCCAACCUAUGUAUAUCCCUUUCUACGACACAUACCCUAAUCCUAAUCCACUUUGACACCUCUAGGAAACUCCUUGUUUUUUUUUACGUUUUCUUUUGUGUGUGUGUUUUUGUAAAUAGUUAAGGACUACUGCUUAGGGGCCAUCGACCAGCAUCCAGAUCACUGGACACAAUCCACCGCUUGUGGUCUACUUGUUAAUAAACUCCAUGCAACCAGA